GCCUCAGACCCCGCCCACCGGGGGGUGGGGAAAGAUGCUCUUCCGUGACCCACAAUUAUUGGUGACUAUUGCCUGUCCAUAACAGGAAAAGCGAUUACGGAUUGGCUGAGGCGAAGUAGUAGGGCGGAAAAGUGGGUAUAGCUGCCUGCACGCACGCUUGGUGCGUGCGCGGCGACGGCGACAGGCAGUGGCAGUCAUGGCGGCUCAGUGCGUGAGGCUGGCGCGGCGCAGUCUUCCUGCUUUGGCGUUGUCUCUCAGACCAUCUCCCCGGUUGUUGUGCACAGCCACGAAACAAAAGAACAGUGGCCAGAACCUGGAAGAGGACAUGGGUCAGAGUGAACAGAAGGCAGAUCCUCCUGCUACAGAGAAGACCCUCCUGGAAGAGAAGGUCAAGUUGGAGGAGCAGCUGAAGGAGACUGUGGAAAAAUAUAAACGAGCUUUGGCAGACACUGAGAACUUACGGCAGAGGAGCCAGAAAUUGGUGGAGGAGGCAAAAUUAUACGGCAUUCAAGCCUUCUGCAAGGACUUGUUGGAGGUGGCAGACGUUCUGGAGAAGGCAACACAGUGUGUUCCAAAAGAAGAAAUUAAAGACGAUAACCCUCACCUGAAGAACCUCUAUGAGGGGCUGGUCAUGACUGAAGUCCAGAUCCAGAAGGUGUUCACAAAGCAUGGCUUGCUCAAGUUGAACCCUGUCGGAGCCAAGUUCGACCCUUAUGAACAUGAGGCCUUGUUCCACACACCGGUUGAGGGGAAGGAGCCAGGCACAGUGGCCCUAGUUAGCAAAGUGGGGUACAAGCUGCAUGGGCGCACUCUGAGACCCGCCCUGGUGGGGGUGGUGAAGGAAGCUUAGCUGCUGUUGAUGGGGUGGGUGUUUUUAAACUCACUUGAUGUAACUCUUAAGGCUGGUUCAUUGUUUCUCAUCUAUGAGUACGUGUGACCUUUUCCCAAACCUUAUUGGAAACCUUAAGUAACCAGUGGCGAAACAGAAAAGCCGGUUGCCCAACUGCGUUAAUGAACUCUAAUUCGGGAGUCUGUUCCCUUUUAGUGCCACGUGUUGAAUAGUUCCACAUACUUUCAGAAGAGCUCAGCAGGGCCCUGCCUGGUCUCCCGAGCAUCAUGAGUAACGUGUCUGCUCAGACUCUGCUGACACCAAAGUAUUUUAAACAAAUAAAAGGUCUUGGGGAAUUCUGUUUGGCUACCUGGGCACGCCAGUCUGCACCAUGUGUCCCUGCGGCGCGGGAGUGACUGGCGUAUUUAGCCCGUCACAUUUCAUUCGCUGAAGGAAAGGCAAGAGAGUUGAAACAUUUUUCUUACUUAAAAAAAAUGAUCUUUGUGAAGAACAUAGUGAGUUCGUUUGUCUUCAGUCAACAGCGGCUGAAACUGACCACUGAGAAAUGGGCGUGGGCACUGACAGUUCUCCCCCAUUAUUUGGCCAGGAAUUGAGCUUGGCUUGGCAAAGUUCCUUUUACCCUGUUCUGUUCAUCUAAAUGCAGACAUAUUUAAAUCAUAUUCAACUAGUUACUAAUGACCUCAAGUUGUAUUCCCUGGCAAAAUGGACUUUCUCAAAAUAGGACUGCACCCUUGGUGUACUUUAAAUGUUAAUGUUUAAUUUAAAAUUUUUAUUUAAGAGGAUUAAAGCCCUAAUGUUUAUUUUCCUA